CCACAGGUUCUGGGUUGGCUGCUGGUCGACUCUAUCAUGUUGUCCAGUCUGCUGCUGACCUGUGUGGCUCGGUGCACCUCCCCCAUCAGUUACCUGCAGAUCCGCUUUUGGAGAGACUAUGUUCACGAAGAGAGCAGCCUGAUGGAUUCAUACACCACCAAACACGCCAAACAGCUCGCUGAGAGGAACGUGAAGAGCUUCUUCAACAAGACACCGCCCGAAGAAAUCAUCACCCCUUCCAACAAGGACUGGGAGAAGAUCUCCUCCCUCUACACGUUCAGCACCAAAGACAACUACUACAGCACCUUGCACCGUGCGGUGGAGGACUGUCAGGAGGUCGACAACGGGAUGAUAAGGUUGACUACGGUCAAGUUAAAUGAUUCUGCUGGCCACACCCCUGCUGUUCUUAGUUUUGUAAAUGAUGGCUCGGUGUGACAAGAUUUCAGCAUCAAAGGAUGUCUGAGUUAGGGUUAGAACAGUUUGCUGAUACAUGAAUUAGGCUAUAGUCUACUGUGAAGUGCUCAUAGUGCAGGUCUGGCUCUGAGGAGUUCAUCCAGAGAGCAAGGGGCAGUAGGUCAAAAUCCAAAGUAUAGGACAAACU